UGAAUUGUUUUUUUUGAAUUGGAAUUGUUGAAUUUUGAAUUGGAAUUGUUGAAUUUUCUGCCGAGGAAUUGGUUGCCUUUAAAGCUGACGUAGGGAUACCCUAGAAUAAAUUAAAAACAAUGACUAGAUGGUUAAAUUUAAGAAACGUCCCGACUGCUUCUAACAGUAAAUAAAGAGUUGUUGCAAAGACCUGGGCAAGAAAUGAUCUUAUUGUGUUAGAUGAAAAUUUUACAUUUCAAAAUGAAAAUAUUAAGUGUAGUCUUGAAAUCAAAUAUGCUCCUUGGGCAUAUAUAGAUAAUCUACCUAAAAAUAUUGAAAACAUGCUAAAUAUUCUUGAAAGUUUCAAGUUAAUAAAACGUAAUAGAAUAAUAAAUGAUGAAAUCCACAUCAAAAUUGGCAGAGACCAUGGGGGUGGUUCAUUUAAAAUGAGUUAUCAAAUAGUUAACCAAGACCAAUCCAACUCGAAAUCUAACUUUAUUGUGUUUAGCACAUUUGAAGCCAAAGACUAUCGAACUAAUCUUAUAGUAGGGCUAUCUCGUUAUACACUUCAAGUUGAUGAGAUACAAAACAUUAAAUGGCAAAAUCACAAUGUUCGUGUCUUUAUGUUUGGUGAUUAUAACUUCCUUUGCAGCGUAUAUGGAGUUACAGGAGCUAGUUAUUGCUCUACCUGCUUUACAUAUAUCUUUGGGUACCUAUUUAUACUUUUUUAACAUGUUUAAAGACAAAUGCCAUUUAAUAGAUAUAAAACUUGUUGGAGAACUUGCUUUUAAAGAUAAUAUGAUUGGUAAAGCUGAUUUUGACAAAUAUGUUAACAUGCAUAUCGAAUCCAAUCUUGUAAAAAGUAUUAUUGAAGACUGUGACAAUAAAAUUGCACUUUUACAAGAUACAAUAUCUGUAAAAGUUUUAUGUGAGCCAGAUAAAACGGGAGAAAUAAGGAACUUAUACACACCAAGAAUAAUAUACUAUGAUUUAAUAAAAAACGAUAAGAUAAUAACAGAAUUAAUUUCCUUAAAUGAAGCAAACGUUCUUGAUAAAACUUCAGAUCCUUGCAUUCAACAACUUGAAAAGGUGUUGAAGACUAUUAAAGUAGAAAGACAAGCUUAUCAUGGAAAAUGCUUUGUUGGAAACCAUGGAAACCAUUUUCACACAAUGCUUAAGAAUUUGAAAUCCGCACGCUUAUGGAGUAUUAUUGGUUGACUUGACCAAGUGCAUCUGUAAUUCCGAAGAUGCAUUUGCUUGAAAACCAUGUCAUUCAAUUUAUUGAGAAAUGGGGACUAGGUAUUGGAGUUUAUGGGG